GUCCUUCUAAAUAAUUUGAGCGUCAAUAUACUGAAUAAUAUUCUAUUUAAACUGAUGAAGCCACCGCUUGCUUGCGUAAAGUGCAGACUACGCAAGAAAAAAUGUGACCGAGCGUACCCCAUAUGUUCUUCCUGCCUAAGAACCCACGAUCGAUGCGAAUAUCGCGUCAGCAGCUCAUCAAAUAAGCCUCCAAUCCGACUACCCUUGACCCAGACACCAGAUUCAGAUCAAGUAUCUCGGCCAACUGGCUUCGAGGGGAAGUUUCUGGGGUACCCGUUUUUCCCAGAUAAAUUUAUAGGUGACAGCACUAGCAACAUACCAAUUCCUAGUGAUUUACAGAGCUUUGUAAUUGGUGACGACAAUUUGAGACAGCAUAUAACAGACUUUCUCGAAGAAACGGAUCUUUUCUGUAUGCCGUUUAUUCCUCGUCAAGAUCUAGAAGUCAAGUUGUUAAGCCAAAUCAGGCAGCUAAAUGGCGCGGCGAUUCUGCUCCUUGCAUGCAUCAAAAUUUUAGGCCAGCAAGUACAGGAUGACCCCCGGUCCAAUCCACAAUAUUUAGUAAUAAAAACGGGCUUCGUCAGUGCUGAGGUCAACGGUUUUCUUACUGUGCGUCUUUUGCAAGCACUUCUAUUGCUUCUCUUCUAUGAGUUCAGCCAUGGUAUCUACCCUUCAGCAUUCAUAACUCUUGGCACUUGCACGCGAUACCUAGCUGCUUUAGGAAUCAACGGAGGCAGUUUAUCUUUUGAAGACACCAAUAAUUGGAUUGAGGCGGAGACACGGAGACGGCUAUGGUGGGCCGUGUAUUCUAUGGAACGUAUCAUGAUGCUUGGUUAUCCAAAGGGGACUCUGUUACUGAAAGAACCAGAUAAAAACGAGAAUUUGCCUUCGGAUGAUGUGUCCUGGGAUCAAGCAUAUCCGUCACCAGAAGCCUACUUGACAUUGCUAUCACCGGCGAAGUCUGAAAUGAGCAGUUUCCGGCUUCUAGUUCAUGCAGCUUAUCUUAUUGGACGCGUGCUUCAGCAUGCUUCCGACGACCACCUACCGCUUCAAGCCUAUAACGAAAAAGGUGCACAAAUUUACCGCACGAUCUGUGCACUAAUGACUGUUCUAGAUAAUGAAACUAGAUCUGCGAUUAUUCCAGUUAGCGUACCACGUGGUGUGUUGAAUAGUGCCGUAUUUUUACUAUAUUCAAUUUCUGCUUGUGGUGGUGACCAGUCUAAUGUUGAGUAUUUUGAACCCGCAAGAAAGUCUUCAGCUGCCAUAUUCCUCAGUCGGGCGCGACUUUUCUUUGAAGGAAAUCUUAGAGAUAUAUUCAAACCAUCUCCUUUUUUAACGCAUUGGGGAUUUCAUGUUUAUCAAUAUUUCUACGCUAUAUAUCGUCAAGAAGGGCACAGUGAAAGCCUUCAGGUAUUAAAAGAUCUUGAGAAAGCGUUCGAAAUUUUGGGCAAAAGAUGGAAACUUACUGAGGUUUAUGUGACUCUCCUAAACGAUAUGCAGGCAAGCUAAUAAGUGUCGGUGUCGUGUUGUAUUUGAGCUUGAAUCUAUUGGAAUCUAGCCGGCGAAUUUCAGACUAAUUUUAUCAAUUUCGCUUUUAUAA